AUGGAUACCUCAUUACUCUCCCAUAUCUUCAAUCUUUUGCUUCUAUUGUGUGACAACGUCACAGAAUUGCGCCUGGAUAGUUGCCAACUUCAAAGCAUAAAUCCAUCCCUCCAGUAUGUAAAUUUUACUUCACUUGAAGUUCUUAGCCUUUCGGGUAAUGCUUUUAACUCUGAAUUCUUUCCAAACUGGUUAUUCAAUCUUAGUGAUGUCAUCACCUCUGUCAACCUGAGCUAUAAUUAUUUUCAUGGCGAACUACCAAAGAGACUGUUGAAUCUUCAAAAAUUAAAAAGCUUGGAUUUGCAUGGCAAUAAAUUGAGUGGACCAAUUCCAGCUUGGUUAGGCCAGCUUGAACACCUGCAAGUUUUUGAUGUUAGUGAGAAUUUACUUUCUAGCCCUAUUGCUCCUGGUUUGGGAAAUCUAUCAUCCUUGAUUACUUUGAAUCUCAAUUCAAAUAACGUAAAUGGUAGUCUUCCAGAAAGUCUUGGACAGGUCUUGAACUUGGAGAUGUUAUCUUUUCAUGAUAAUCACUUGAUGGGGCAUGUAUCUGAAAGAAAUUUUGUCAGACUCUCAAAUUUGAAAGUUCUUGGUAUGGGAUCUCCAAGCUUAAUCUUUGACUUUGAUUUGUUGUGGGUUCCUCCUUUUCAGCUGAUAGAGUUACAUUUGCUGCACAUGGUGGAUUCCAUAUUUCCUGAAUGGAUAUAUACACAAAAAUCUCUUAGAGUGUUAAUAAUUGUCUCCUCAAGUAUUUCAUUUCAGUCUCAAGAUAACUUUUGGAAUUUUGCAACACAGUUUGGAUGCUUAUGUUCACAAAAUAUUACAAUUGAUUGGGAAAUGUCUGAUGUGUUACUGACUCCUCAUACAUAA